AUGGACAUCGAGUCGGCGCUCAAGAGCGCCGUGUCCGGUUCUGGCCGCGACCUUUCUGAUCCCGUGGUGAUCGCCUUCAUGAAGGCGGGCAUCGUGAGUAUCGACUUUGUCUGGCGUGUCGCUGGACAGGCGGACGGCGAGGCGGAGACGGCGGUUGGUUUGUGGCUCAAGCGUGGCGUCGACGCGACACGGGCAGGAGCAAGCCCGUCCGCAGUCGAGGCGCUGAUCGAGGGCGGCUUGAACGUGAACGCUGUCUUGACUACAUCGCGGCGCAGUCGCGACGGCGACGGGAUGAGCUCCACGCUUCUCAUCAUGGCCGCGAGCCGCAACGCAGCCAUCGCGAGCUUCCUGCUGCGGCACGGCGCCUCGGUCGCAGUACGAAACCGCCGUGGUGAGACGGCGUUGAAGACGGCCGUCAUGUACAACCAACCCGACAUCGUUCGCCUCUUCAUCCUCGCUGGGGCGGCGAGCGGCGAGGACGGUGCCGCCUCGCUGCGUCGGGCUGAGUGGCCGCUCCGGCAAGCGCGGAGGCGGAGGCCACCGUAA